CGCGGCGGGGAGGGCGGCGGCGCUGGCGGCCAUGGAGGUGCAGGUGGCGCCGCUGCGGGCCUGGGACGACUUCUUCCCCGGCUCGGACCGCUUCGCGCGGCCCGACUUCAAGGACAUCUCCAAGUGGAACAACAGGGUGGUCAGCAACCUCCUCUACUACCAGACCAACUACCUGAUGGUGGCCGCCACCGUCGUCUCCAUCGUGGGAUUUCUGAGCCCCCUGAACAUGCUUAUUGGUGGUACUGUGGUGGUGCUGGUGUUCAUGGGCUUUGUGUGGGUGUCGCACAACAAGGAUAUCCUCCGCAAGCUGAAGAAGCAGUACCCAAGCACCUUCGUAGUGGCCAUUAUGCUGUCCAGCUACUUCUUGAUCUCCUACCUGGGAGACGUCAUGGUGUUCAUGUUUGGGAUCACUCUUCCUCUGCUCUUGAUGUUUGUCCACGCUUCUCUGAGGCUCCGGAACAUAAAGAACAAACUGGAGAACAAAAUGGAAGGAAUUGGUUUGAAGAAGACCCCUAUGGGCAUCAUACUGGAUGCUCUAGAACAACAAGAGGAGAGCAUCAACAAACUGGCUGACUACAUAUCUAAAGUGAAGGAAUAAACAACUGUAACCUGGUAUUUUUUCCUCUUGCAGGAGCGUAGUUGCUAUUUACUCUUGUUCAAGCUUGCUUUCAGUUGGUGUACAAAGCAGGGAAUGCACAUGUGUCACAGAUUAAUACUUGCAGGAUACAGGUAUUCAGGGCUCCUCUAAGAAUAUAAGGAGAGUAACUUUUCUAUUGUAUAGCAAAAUGUUUUGGUGUUUACACAAAUACAUACUAACUUGAACCUACUUGCUCGUCUCUUCUUGCUGGGGGGGAAGGGGCAGGAGAUGGAAUCCCUGUGGAACGCAGUUUUUCCAACCAUCUUUGCUGCAGACUUGUCUGUUAAAAAGAGGAAUGUCCCUUUUGUCCCCAGGCUCCACGAUGGCAGUUCAGCCAGUUUACUGCACUAUGCAGCACCUUUAAGCUGGCCAACUCCAAGGGGAGCUGGAAUGUAUCAAAAAUAGGCAUUUCUUGCAUCCCUAAAACCCCUAGCUGAAGUGGUCUGGAGUGGGAUCAUGGUGUUAGCUCUAGUGCAGACAACGAAACUGCAACUCCUCUCUUGCAAUGGUUAUGGGCUCUUUUCUCACCUCACAUUCCUCCUUUAGCAGACUGAAAGUCUAAAUAGAUUUAAGCAUGAAUAGAAAUGAUACCACACACCUAUCAUUUCCAGUAAAAUGCACCCUUUUCUCUGAAAUCUUGAUCCUGUUGAUAUCUGUAGAAAGUGUUCUUGUUCACAGGAGAGCCAGAACUUCUUCACAUAACACCUAAACUACAGCUAAACACAGGAAGAAAGAGCAUUUGCAGUUAAACUAGACUAGCUAUGACUCUAYCCUAUAGAUGUUUUUAAUCACUGCUACUUUAGGACUUAGCUUGUUCUGCUUUAGUCUCUAAGGCUGUUUUGUAGAUGAAGGUGUAUGUGUGUGUGUGUGUGUGUGGUGACUUUGUGCAUGGGUCUCUUUUUUUUUUUCUCUCCAUAUUGACCAGAAUGAAAAGAUGUAAGAUAAAACAUGCAUCUUGCCAUCUCUUUCUGGCACUAUUCAAAGAAAUAAACUGGAUUUCAGGUUUACAAGUAAAAGCAAUAAGUAUCAAGAUAAAAUUUUGGAAACCCAUUCCCAAUUCAUUAAGUAUCUCUACCUGCAACAAUUCUUGAAAGUGGUAUAGGGGAUUUUUUUUUUAAAUAUAUAUAUUUUAGCUGCCAGUUUUGAUGGAAUUGUCUUGAUAAAAGGUACCAAAAAYAAGUGGGGAAAUCUCCAGGUGACACUCCAUUUCAAAUAUUCUUGCAUUUCUUUUUUACUAAUAAAGGAACUGGUUUAAUUAAUAAUAAAGCAACUAUCCUAAAAUUUGAGGCUUUUAUGUAACUACUCAUGUUUUUUCAUAAUGAAUUGUGUAGAAAUUUGAAAAUGUCAUUCCAUUUAAAUGUUAUAAUGUGAUCAGUAUUUAUUGAAAGUGUCUGUGUAUAUUCCAGCUAAAGAUUCAAUUCUUCACUUGUGGCGCAUGGUCUUUGUUUUAUGAAAACUGUUACCACACCUAGAGAAGGUAGUAG